GGCAGACGCAUUACGGUAGAUGUUUACGACAGUUGGAGCGCGUUUGCGGCAACAUCAUGGCAGCAUACAGUGGGAGUUUUGAGAGCGCAAACAGCAUUAAAUCCAGAAAAGAGGCCAAAAGAGAAGAAAGAGAGCUCGUUUUACAACAGGCUAAAGAGAAGUAUGAGAAAGAGGAGCGGAGGAAGGCCGAAAGGAGGGCCAGGGGUGAGGACACAUGGAUGCUUCCGGAUGUUGACCUGCGACUGCAGCAGAUAGGCCAGGAGCAUACAGUGAAAAACAAGAAAAAGAAAAAAGAGAAGAAAGCAAAAAAGAGUAAGAAAGAGAAGAAGAAGAAAGCCAAGAAAGAGACGAAAGAUGAGGAAGGUGCAUCUUGUGACAGCUCUGAAGACUCGGAGGACGAGUGGGUGGAGGCCCAGGCUCCGUCAGGGGGCGGAGACAAGGCAUGUAAGGCGGAGCAUGAAGCCACGCCCGCUGUCAGCUCAGCCAGUGCUAACCAAAGAGACGAAUGGAUGACCUUUGACUUCCUGGCGAUGAAGACGACCUCUCUGGCAGAGAGACGAGCUCAAAAAGAAGCCGAGAAAGAGGCGGAGAGACAGAAAGCAGAGGCUAUCGAACAGGCUGGUCUUCACAGGUUAGAGUUGAACCCUUACUGGAAGGACGGAGGAAGUGGUCUGCCCCCGGAGGACACCUCCAGUACCGCAGUUAAAAAAGUGGUGAAUGAUGGAGGGGUGAGCUGGCUCAGGAAGUCAUAUCAGAGGAUGAAAGAGCAGGCCGACAGAGAACAGCGCAGUCUGGAGAGCGUGGCACACAAAAAAAAACAGUCGAUGGAAGAGUUCCAGAAGAAACUGCGAGAGGCAGAAGAGGCAGCGUAUGGAGAGAGGAGAGAAGAGAGGGGUGAGAGGAGAGGAGACCGAGAGAGAUGGAGGAGAGACGACAGAGGAGAAGGGAGGGAGAGAUGGAGGAGAGGAGACCGGGAGGAGAGACGGAGAGACAGAUCUCCACACGCUGAGAGAGAAAGAGAGCGAGACUUUGAGAGAGGACCUCGAGGCCGCGACGAACGUCCUCCGAGAUCCCGGCCGGAUCCAGACGAGGAACGGCAUUCCCAGAGACACAACACUUCCUCUCUGUCUAGCCUCAAGUUCCUCAAACCCUCAGAACCUGAUGAGGAUAUGAGCGGAGGGGCGGGGUUCAGGAAGGCGGGGCUGAAAGGCUCUACGUCCAAUCAGAGUGCAGGAUUCAGGAAACCUGUUGUUGAUGAUGAUGAUGGUGUUGUGCCUGCCUGGAGGAAGAGCAGUGCUGUGCAGGAUCCAACGGAGACACCGAUCCCACAGAAACACACAGAGAAGAGCGCCGCCCCGCUGGAAGAGAGCAAAACUACAACAUCCUCAACAGUGAGCAGUUCAGAGAGCGAGGAAGAGGAGGAGGAAGAGGUGAUCCUGACAGAUGAAGAGAUGAAUAAACUGGGAGCCAAACUCGUCAAAGCAGAACUCAUGGGAAACACGGCGCUGGUGGAAAAACUGAAGGCUCAGAUGCAAGCGGCCCGUCGAGCCAAAGAGAACCGAGCUCAAAGAAGAGCCCAGAACAAACCGGUUUCUGCACCAACAGACUCAGAAAAGGACAUGGUGCUGUUCAGGACUGACCCUUCAGGACGAGCUUGGCCGGUCAAAGCCCCGUCCCAACCACAGGAGCCUAGAGGAGGACGCAGGAAGCAGAAAGCGAUCGAGACGCACCAGGAUGGUGAGCGUAUGCGCUAUUUUGAGGAUGAUGAUGGUAUGGAUCUGCGAGAGAUGGUCAGACGGGAGAAGAUGAGCUCUGCGGAGGAUCAGAACGCUCUUUACUCACGCAUGGCGGCUAAGAUGAUGGGGAAGACAGACGGCGAUAACUACACGCUGGAUGACAUGUUUGUGUCCAGCGCGGCUCAGAGGGAAAGAUCGGGUCGAGACGAAGAGCGGCAGAGGAACAAAGCGGUGCAGGAGACGCGGCGGUUAGCCGGCCAGAUGGAGAAAUGCAGACACUGCUUCGAUAGCCCUGAACUGCCCAAACAUCUGAUCGCUGCUGUCGGAAACAAGGUGUACUUGUGUCUGCCGAACAGCGUGUCUCUGACCGAAGGUCACUGUUUGAUCGUCCCUAUCCAGCAUCACACAGCGGCCACGGGUCUGGAUGAGGACAUCUGGAGUGAAAUACAGAUGUUCAGACGGGCUCUGGUCCGCAUGUUCGAGUCUCAGGAGUUGGACUGUGUGUUUUUGGAGACUCAUAUGAAUCCGAAGAGGCACCUGCACAUGGUGUACGAGUGUGUGCCGCUGCCCAGAGAGCUCGGAGACAUGGCACCCAUUUACUUUAAGAAAGCCAUAAUGGAGUCAGACGAGGAAUGGGCCAUGAAUAAGAAGCUUGUGGAUCUCUCAUCCAGAGACAUCAGACAAGCUGUUCCUCGCGGGUUGCCGUACUUCUCCGUGGAUUUUGGAUUGCAGGGCGGAUUUGCGCACGUUAUCGAAAACGAGCAGAAGUUCCCACACUAUUUCGGCAAAGAAAUCCUGGGCGGGAUGCUGGACCUGGAGCCGAGACGGUGGCGGAAACCGAUACGCGAGAAUUUCGACGACCAGCGAAAGAAGGUUCUUAAGUUCGCUCAGUGGUGGAAAGCGUUUGACUGCACUAAAACCGACAGCUAGACACUGACUUUUCCGUACUUGAAUUGUAAUUUUAGAGAGCUGGUCAUGUGUACAUGGCUCUAGUAUCUAAAGUAAAAUGUCUAGAAAAUAGUCAUUUAAACCAGGCAUGUUUUAUCUGGUCUGAAGAUUUUUAUGGGACACUUUUCAUGUUUCAAAUCUAGAUAAAUGUUUUGUUUUUUAAUUAAAUGUCAACCCAGGAAAUAUUUGGUUUUCUCUUAAAUAUAAUACCUGCUGUCGUCCAGUGUUGAUGUAAAUCAUGUUUUCCUGAGCAAUUAAACUCUGAAUAAAAUAUUACAAGACCUCCA